AUGGCAGUCGACGAUCAUAUUCUCAAGGAAGUUUGUCAAAUUCGCGACGACAAUAUCGACACAAUCGCCAAGGGUACACCCGUCCCUACGAACAUCACGCUAACAGAGAUCGUCCGCAGCUCACGACCGACAAUCUCUAUCGACACCACAAGCGAAAGCUUCAAGUUCCUGAAGAGAGAUGACGAUCCUACCAAGCCGAGACCCCCCAAGGACAAAGGCAAAGCUGCCAUAUUCACACUGAUUGCAGUUCUUCUAGUCGACUCAACCACGUAUGGUGUGAUUUUGAGCUUCGGAAUUUACCAAGAAUAUUACACGGGUCAUUUCGCCGACCACAGUAAGGCGUCAUGGAUAGGCGUUCUCAGCAACGCGUUGGUCUUCCUUGGAGCACCGCUUGUGACCUGGUGUUGUCAGCAUUAUGCCUUGUCCCGAAAAGUAUAUAUCUUGAUCGGCUUCAUACUCUGUGUGAUUAGCUUGUUGGUAUCUGCUUUCAUCACAACUCUGCCCGGCCUGAUCGUCACGCAAGGACUGCUUUACGGUAUUGGUGCCCUUCUCUGUAGUAUACCUGCGCUCAUCAUCCUCAAUACAUGGUUUGACAAACAUCGAGGACUAGCAUACGGCAUUGUCUUUGGUGGAGAUGAUCUUCUUGGCGUUGUCUACACCUAUUUGGCUACUGAGCUAUUGCGCAAAUACAGCUUGCGAACGACUCUGCUGGUAUUUGCAGCGAUCAUCUUCUGUUGUAGUGGUCCUGCCAUCGUGUUUCUGCACGAGAGGCCAGAGGAGACAGCUGAACCGGCUUCUGCUGUACCCGGCCCGCCAGAACGGAGGCGGAGCUCGCUCUUGACCCCAAUAACAAGAUCCAGGACAACGGUGGGAGACCUACCUUUUACGCCUUCACUCGAGCACAGAGCGACAUGGCCAGCACGCCAGCCCAAGAAGCGUUACUAUCAACGUGGCAUAUUCUACAUCUUCAUGUUCUCGAACUUGCUUCAAGCAUGUGCAGCCUAUCUACCAUUCAUCUAUCUCCCUGUCUUCGCUACGCAAUCAGGCCAUUCGAAGGAGACAGGAGCGCUGAUCCUUGCAAUCGGCAACAUCGGUAUGCUCGUCGGUGAUCUGGGAUUCGGCAAGCUCAGCGACAUGGUUCACGUCAACCUUUUGAUCUUCCUGUCAAGCGGUGUUUCUGCCAUUGCCACAUUCGUACUAUGGGGAUUAUUCGGCACAGGGGCGAGAAGUCAAGGUGUCUUGAUUGGCUUUGCAUUCCUCUUCGGCUGUUUUGCUGGUGGUUUCAUUGUGUUAUGGGCGCGAAUGGGCACAUUGUUCGGCGAACGUGAUGCCGCAACGAUAUACAGCUACAUGUGUUUGGGAAGAGGUGUCGGAGGUCUGGUUUCUGGUCCGAUAUCUCAGGCGUUAUUGCUGCUUGGUACACCGAGGGCAUUGAGUGCUUUUAGAGCGGAGGGGUAUGGGAGUCUUGUUGUGUUUGUCGGAAUCUGUAUGGCGGGAAGUGCGAUCACGGGUUUGGUUGGUAUGGGCUCGUUGUGGUGGAAGAAGGAGCAGAGCUUUCAUCCUGAGAGUGGAGGUGAGGCUGAAAGUGAGAGUGAAAAGAAGUAG